AUGGUCUGGCUCUUCGUUGCUGUUCUAUUUGGGCUACAAAAUUAUGGGCAUGGAGCCCCUUUGACGACCAAGCCAAGUUUCACAGUGGACCUGGGCUAUACGAUCCAAGAAGGACUACUGGAGACUAGUCACGGAAAUGCCCGUUAUAUCAAUUUUACCAACGUACGUUAUGCAGCUUCGCCGACUGGUUUGAACCGAUUCAAAUCUCCAGUACCACCUGAGAAAAACCGAACGACUCAGACAGCAGGUCUUUAUGGAAUUGAAUGUCCCCAAGCCCAACCCGGUUGGUUCAACUAUGUAGGAUCAGAUGUUGGAAACCAGACAGAGAUGUCUUCUUUCACGGAGAAUGACAUCUACCCACCUCGGCCUGGUUCAAGCGAAGACUGCCUUUUUCUAGACAUUCUGGUUCCAGAGCAUGUAUUCAAUCAGAGAAAUAUGGCUAAAGCAUCCGUCCUUCUGUUCAUCCACGGAGGUGGCUAUGUACAGGGCUCGAAGACGGAAUACGGAUCUGGUGUCGGGUUGUUGAAUGCCGCAGCCCAGAAUGACCAAGAACUCAUAUACGUGUCUAUCAACUACCGUCUAGGACUGUUCGGCUUUCUUCCUAGCUCGAACUCGCAAAUUUCACCCAAUCUCGGACUCCAGGAUCAGGUAUUUGCGAUGCAACAUAUUCAAGAUCACAUUCACCUCUUUGGGGGAAACAAAAGUGAUGUUACCGUUAUGGGCGAGUCAGCAGGGGCCGGGUCUAUCCUUUACCAUCUUACCUCACCUGAGGUUUCAUCUCUUUCUUUGUUUCGAAGAGCGAUUCUGCAUAGUCCCUACACAUACUUCAUCUCAACUAUGCGGCAAAAAGAAAUAAUCCAUCAGGUUUUACGAGCCUCGAAUGUAUCCUCGUUGGUUGAACUUCAAUCUCUGCCCACAGAGAUCCUGCAGACUGCCAAUAGUAUCCUUGUGGGUAACUCUCGGCCUUACGGCACAUUUGGUUUCGGCCCGAUAUUAGACAACGACCGCUACACGGAAUACCCCCCCUUUCUUUUGCGUCGGCAACAGUUCGAUCGCUCAAUACAAGUAAUGAGCGGCCACAACUCAAACGAAGGUCUCUUGUUCGCGUCUCCUUUCAUACAAAACGACAGCCAAUUCAACUUGAACAUUGCACUCCUUUUCCCUCAAGCAUCUCGAGCUGCGCUCUCGGUCAUUGAGCAAAUUUUGUACCCAGCCUUACUGGAUGGCUCGUUCGGCUAUGUGAACCAACAGGGCCGCAUAGCUCGCGUGGUUGCAGACGCCACCAUUACGUGUAACAACUAUCUUCUAAAUAAGGCAUUUGAACACCUCAAGCCCAGCUUUGCUUACGAAUUCUCUGAACCGCCGGCAUGGCACGCCAAUGAUCUGGAAUAUACGUUCAUGAACCUCAGAAACCCGGCAGCCGGACUGAACAUCACUUUGGCCGUCAUUAUGCAACGUUACUUUGCAAGUUUUGUUACUUCAGGGUCGCCCAAUCCAAUAAAUGGACGCUUCCUUCCUAGUUUUGCGUCGAACGAGGAGUUAAUUGUCCAAAAUUUCAAUAGCACCUUGGUUGGGCCGGUUCUAGAUACUACUGUCAAUGUGUCGAAGUGCGAUUGGUGGCUGGAAGGAAAUUUUGUGAAGGCCAUUUUCUAG